UAUAUUAUGUUUUCUUUCUUUUCGACUUUUGUUCAUGUUUUUACUACACCGAAAAAACCGGAAGUUUAUCAAAUUCGUGUCGGCAACAUGGCGAGCGUUUUGCCAUCAGACCAGCAAGAGGAAGAUGCCUCAGAAUUACAGUUCCCUAAAGAAUUCGAAAAUGCUGAGACUCUGCUGAUAUCGGAAGUACAGAUGUUGUUAGAACAUCGCAAGCAGCAGAACGAGAGUGCGGAGGAGGAGCAGGAACUGUCUGAGGUGUUCAUGAAGACGCUCAACUACUGCUCCCGUUUCAGCAAGUUCAAGAACAGAGAAACCAUCGCCGCUGUCAGAAGUUCGCUCAUGCAGAAGAAGUUACACAAGUUUGAACUUGCUGCCCUGGCCAACCUGUGCCCAGAAACAUCAGAGGAGGCAAAAUCUCUCAUUCCCAGUUUGGAAGGAAGGUUUGAGGAGGAUGAGCUCCAGCAGAUAUUGGACGACAUCAAGACCAAGCGAAGUUUCCAGUACUGAGUCCAGCUUCUCACUUGUCCAACCUUGCUGAGGAGACAGGAGUUGUCUCCCUUGCGAGUCUUGACAAUGACAGUCGACAGGUGUCAGAAACAUUUCAAUGUGAAUAUUUUGUCUGAAAGUAAUUUUACCAUCUGCCUCCAAAUAUUAUUAGAGGUACACCAACUACUGCAGUAUAUCUGUGAUUUAUCAUAUAUAUGUUUGUACUCUUGAUCACUUUCAAAAGUUCAAGAAAGUCUGCCACAAAAAUGGCUUUUAAGAUUGUGUUUUCAUUUUCUUUUUAAGCUUUGCCUAAUUUGACUGUUAUUGCAUUGGUUACAUUGAAACUCCACCUGUUUCAAUAAACAAUUAAUUAUCAGGAAAUGUCAUCCAAGACUUUUGCAAGUGCAUUGACCCUACCUGCAUGGUGUGAGAAUAAUUUCUGAAACAGGCCAAAGUAUUUGUUUAUAAAACUUGCAGUACAUGAAAUAAUUCAAAAUAAAUACUAAAAAUAAUGGUUAUGAUCUUGUCUGGAUCCUUUGAACGUGAUUGUAGUACCCCAGGUCUCAAUAUUUAUUCCAAAUCCACUGGGGAAUAAUGAUCUUAACUUAAGACUUGUACAAACUGUGAAUAACUUUGUACAUGAAUGAUCUUUUUAGAAAGAUCUUAAAGGCAUUGUUUUCAAAAUAAUUUCCUCAUAUUUCCAUCUUAACAGAAGAGUAAAGACGGAGUAACACUGUUAGUGUGUCAUUUAUCACAUAAAGCAAAGUCUUUGUUCAUUGUAAGAUAAGUCAUGUAUCAUCAAUAAACAUUUUAUUUGUCA